AUGGCAACGCCCGAUCCAUUUUCGAGUCCCCGUCAUGUUGAAUUGGGUGGACAGACUCCUCGUCCUGGCAAUAUGUCAAGCGGAAGAAGCGUCCGGGGUGGCGCAACACCUUCGCAACAUGUUUUAUUUGUUGCAGAAGGCAGCUCCAUAGGUGUACCAAGCACGGGUGCCUUUGAUGUGCAGAAUCGUGUUCGACGUGAUAAUCAAAUAAUCGGAAAAAGUGUACGUAUCACUCAGGGACCACUGAAGGGAUAUUUUGGCAUUGUGAAAGAUGCUACUGAACAAACCGCUCGUGUUGAACUUCAUUCCAGUUGCAAGACAAUUAGUGUUGAUCGUUCGCGAAUAAUGAUCGUUGGUGAUGCAAUGCCUGGUGGUGAAGCGCUUGGUGGUUUACUGGGUAGGACACCGUCUGGUGACAGUCGUACACCGAUGUACACUGGUGGUGGUAAAACACCGAUGUAUGGCUCUCAGACACCAAUGUAUGGCUCACAGACACCGAUGCAUGAUGGAGCGCGCACACCUCAUUAUGGUGCAAUGACACCCUCAUACGAUGGUGCACGCACACCAUCAGCCUGGGAUCCAUCAACGACACCAGCGUAUACGAUAAACGAUGAAAUGCCCAGUGUUGAUUCGUUCAGUGUACCGUCUGGUUCAGCUCAUACACCUCGCUACAAUCCAGAAUCAUCCACUGGCCAGCCGUAUACUCCAAUGACACCUGGUGGCAUGUAUUCGGAUUAUGCUGCACCCAGUCCUUACACCGAAAAUCGUAAGUUUAUUUCUGGCCUAAUUCGAAUAUCAGUAAUUAUUGACAUACCAAUAAGCGCAAAUGCAGACAAUGACAAUGCUGGUGCAGAUUUCGAUACAAUACCGCUACACGUUUUGAAUGCAGGCGAAUGGGUAUCCGUUGAUGUCAUAGUAAAGUUCCGUGGUACCUACGAUGACAGAGAGCUAAGAGGACAACAAGCAACUGUGAAAAGUGUUGACACACUUGAAGGCCGCUGUACCGUUUAUUCAUUUGAAUUGGACCGCGAAAUAACAGUAUAUUUCGAUCAAAUUGAACCGAUUAGACCAGAACAGGGCGAUAGGGUAAGUCCUUGCCACCACUUGAUUAUCGUUAUCAUUUUUCUGGGUUAUCAUGGCUGUUAUUACCCCACCAAGAACAGCAAUACUGUCCGAGCAUCCAAUCCCAGUUUCCAAUGUCGGCGAUUUUGCUGA